AUGGCGUCGGUUGGCGUGGCACCAACUUUGGGGUUUAGAGAAACCAGUUCUCAUGGUGAAAUUGGUGUUGAAGUAUUGCCAGAGGAAAUGAAUAAUAUGAAAAUUAUGGAUGAUAAGAAAAUGGAAGCUACUGUUGUUGACAGCGGCAAUGGAACGAAGACUGGACAUAUUAUUGUGACUACUAUUAGUGGCAGAAAUGACAAUAAGCUAUAUGGCAGAGUUGCAAUUUCAAAAGUGGAGUCUCAUCUCGCGGAGGCUCGUGUCUUAUAUGAUCUUUUGUUUUCAUCCAGCUUAGAUCCAAUGUUUGAUGCAGGCUGA